AUGGCGAAAGAAUUAUCUCCCCAAGAGAAGGUCGAUUUGAUCUACCACAAUCUUCAAGAAGUCUUGAAGCCAGAGCUUAUUGAAGAUGUCAUCCUGCGACAGAACCGCCCAUUAAAGGUGUAUUUCGGUACCGCAACAACCGGCCGCCCACACUGCGGCUACUUCUGCCCCGUCGUAAAACUCGCCCACUUCCUCCGUGCAGGCUGCCAUGUCAAAAUCCUCCUCGCAGACAUCCACGGGUUCCUCGACAACCUCAAAGCGCCCAUCGACCUCGUCAACUUCCGCGCCAAAUACUACCGCUACGUCAUCACCGCCCUCCUCGAAGCCAUCCACGUCCCCAUCGACAAACUCGAGUUCGUCCUCGGCAGCGACUUCCAGCUCUCCCCCAAAUACACCAUGGACCUGUUCCGCCUUAGCAGCGUCGUGACCGAGCACGAUGCCAAGAAGGCCGGCGCGGAGGUCGUGAAGCAGGUUGACAACGCGCCGUUGUCCGGCCUGAUCUACCCGCUCAUGCAGGCGCUGGAUGAGGAGCACCUGGACGUCGACGCGCAGUUUGGCGGGGUCGAUCAGCGGAAGAUCUUCACGCUGGCGCUGGAGACUUUGCCGCGGAUUGGCUACAAGGAGCGCGCGCACCUAAUGAGCCCCAUGGUGCCUGGGCUGGCGGGCGGGAAGAUGUCGGCGUCGGAUCCGGAUUCUAAGAUUGACAUUCUGGACACGCCGGAGACGGUGAAGAAGAAGUUGAGGAAGGCGUUUGCGAUGCCGAGGGAGACGGAGGGGAAUGGGAUUAUUAGUUUUGUGGAGCAUGUGUUGUUCCCUGUUAGUGCGCUGGAGAGCGCGGAUGGGAAGGGGACCUUUGUGGUCGAGAGGACGGAGGAGGAGAGCGGUCAGGUUGUUUACGGGGAUAUUGAGGAGGUGAAGAAGGAUUAUCGCGCGGAUAGGUUAACCCCCCAACUCCUCAAAGCCGCCGUAACAACCGCGCUCAACAAACUCCUCGCACCCGUCCAGGCCGCCUUCCAAGCUAACCCGGACUGGCAAGAGAUCGAGAAGAAGGCAUAUCCACCCCCACCGGAGCCGGAAAAGAAAAAGAAGAAACCCAAGGAUAAGGGAAGCAGAUACCCCGGCGGCGGCGCUGCUGCGCCAAAACAGGAUGUUGAUGGUGUCGAGGAGAAGCUGGAGAAGUUGGCGGUUUAA